GGCAGGACACAUCGCGGCUGAAUCGAGUAGUCGCGGGAGGAAUCAUCCAUGAAGACUAGGUUGAAUGUCUUCAUAAGCCUGGCAAUCCCGAUCCACCAAAGAGUACCAUGUAUAGCACCUAAACCCCCACGCACGUUGCCAUCCACAACAACACCCAUGUUCCAGGAGAUCUUCUUGCGAGAGCCACAAGAAAUAGCGUCAGGACAACUCCACAUUUACCAUGUAUCUGAGUGGUACAGCGUCUUCUGGCAUUCAAGCCACGACAUAGCCCAUGUUUGUGUUUUGCCCCUCCCAAUAGAGUAAUCGGAUCGUACUUGAAGAGUUUCUCCCCCUCCAGUGGUAACCUCAUUACAUAAAGUAGAUUAUCAUUUUACUUUUCUUAUAGGUCGUCGACAAGGUCUUGUACUGUAGGCCGUCGCUGGUAUAGUAGUUAAGAACUUUCCAAGUGGUCUACUUCCUGGAGAUCAUUUCUUAUCAAC